AGUCCGUCGUCUCCGGAAGAGCGAAGAUGGCCGACGAAAAUACUCCUCUGCUGUACGAAGGAUCGGUGGCCAUUAAUGCUUCCGAAGAUGAGAAACGUUCUCCCUCCGUCACUCGCUCUACCUUCGCCCUGUGCGACCCCAAAAGAGCAGCCCACAGAUACAUGGUUCUCGUCUUCAUGUGCUUUCUCGGAUUCGGCAGUUAUUUUUGUUAUGACAAUCCGGCUGCACUUCAGGAUCAAAUUCUGUCAGACAUGAGCGUAACUACGACCGAGUUUUCGUCCUUAUAUUCAUGGUAUUCGUGGCCGAAUGUUGUAUUAUGCUUUUUCGGAGGUUUCCUCAUUGAUAGGGUGUUUGGCAUUCGUUUUGGUGCUAUUAUUUACUGUUUUUUCAUUUUACUUGGUCAAUUUGUAUUUGCUGCAGGAGCUGUAUUAGAUAAAUUCUGGCUUAUGGAAUUAGGUCGUUUUGUAUUCGGUUUAGCUUCGAGCACUUGUUUGCUAUCACUCUUAUGUGCUUUAAUUUUGGGAUAUUUCGAUUGGAGGGCCGAGAAGAUCCUUGAAAAUUUAUCGAAUGAUACAGGAGAAGUAAUAAGAAUUAAAGAUGUGAAAGAUUUUCCUUUAACAUUUUGGCUGUUGAGUAUUAUCUGUAUAGCAUAUUAUGUGGCUAUAUUCCCCUUCAUUGCGUUAGCCACGUAA